GUCUGUGAUCAAAAAUAAUAAUUUUAGUCAUAUGAGGAAACGUCAAAAUUAAUUGACACUUGACUUUGAUUAUCUUGAUAAAAGUUUUUAUUUUAUGAAUUAGUUAAAAAAUGAGUGCAAAUGAUGAGAAUAUUCCGGAACACUGUCCAGGGCCAGCAAGUGAGGAUGCAGGAAAAAAAGAUGCAUGUGCUGGAUGUCCUAGCAGAACAUUUUGUGCUUCUGGUGCAGGUAAACAAGAUAAUCAGGAGGCAAUAAAUGCAGUUACAAAUCGCCUCUCAAAUGUUAAGAAUAAAAUAGUAAUUUUGUCUGGAAAGGGUGGUGUUGGGAAAAGUACAGUAACAGCUUUAAUAGCUAGGCAAUUAGCAGCUUCUCAAUCUGAUAGAAAUGUUGCUGUCCUUGACAUCGACAUUUGCGGUCCAUCACAGCCUCGAGUUUUGGGUGUUUUAGGUGAAUCAGUUCAUCAAUCUGGAUCGGGUUGGUCACCAGUUUAUGUUGAGGAUAAUUUAUCAGUAAUGUCUAUUGGAUUUUUAUUGAGUUCUGCUGACGAUGCUGUGGUAUGGCGAGGACCAAAGAAGAGUGGUAUGAUACGCCAAUUUCUAGCAGAUGUUGAUUGGGGAUCUUUAGAUUAUUUAUUAAUUGAUUGCCCCCCUGGUACAUCCGAUGAACAUUUAUCAAUUACAAGUUUCUUAUCCAAUGCUGGAUUAACUGGUGCAAUUAUUGUCACAACCCCCCAAGAAGUAGCCUUAUUAGAUGUAAGAAAAGAAAUCGACUUUUGUCGAAAAGUUGGUGUUCAAGUAAUCGGUGUAGUCGAAAAUAUGACAGAGUUCGUAUGUCCAAGAUGUAAGGCUAAAUCGGAAAUAUUUCCAGCUGUAACAGGAGGUGCAAAAGAAAUGUGUGCAGAUUUAAAAAUUCAGUUAUUAGGUGCCUUGCCAGUAGAACCUAAAGUGGCUCGGGCCGCUGACGAAGGUUCUGAUUUUUUAUCUACAGUAAAUGAAGAAUCGUUGGUUAAAAAAGAAGUAAAAAAUAUUGUGCAAAAUGUGAUCAACUUUUGUGAAAAAUGA